AUGACGAGCUACAAUGUAUUACAAAAGGAGCGUGACGAGAAUGCUGCCAAGCUGGUUAUGAACACGUUUUAUAAAAUAGACAACAAAGAUGGAGUUACUGCAUCUGAAAUUACCAAGUACCUACAGGACAAAUUCGGGGACGUGUGGAGGGCGAGCAAUUUGACUGAUAAAGCUGAAGAUACAUUAAAACGUAGUGCAGCCUUGGGAUUCUUGGAGAGGCGAGGGGAGCGUUAUAUAGCUAACUUGGCCCGGGGGCUGUGUAGCUGGCGCAGACGACGCAGAAGAUGUUGUCGAAAAAAACGGAGAAGACGCUGUAGUAGACGAAGAAGACGGAGAAGACGGGGAGGCUGCAAGUGUGGUUCAUGA